AAACAGCUCAAUUUAGUUUCAAACCCAAAUACUACAAUGGCUUCACUUUCCUCAUCCACCAUGGUCACCGCAGCCGUCCCAACUCAAGCCACCAUGGUGGCUCCCUUCACCGGACUUAGGUCCACCGCCGCUUUCCCUGGCACCAAAAAGGCGGAAAACGACUUCUCUUCCCUCCCCAGCAAUGGUGGAAGAGUGCAAUGCAUGAAGGUGUGGCCGCCACUCGGAUUGAAGAAAUACGAGACUCUUUCAUACCUUCCAACUCUAACUGAGGCCCAGUUGGCUAAGGAAGUCGACUACCUUCUCCGCAACAAGUGGGUUCCUUGUUUGGAAUUUGAGUUGGAACACGGGUUUGUCUACCGUGAGAACCAUAGAUCGCCAGCGUACUAUGAUGGCAGAUACUGGACAAUGUGGAAGUUGCCCAUGUUUGGGUGCACUGAUUCCGCCCAGGUGCUAAAAGAGCUUAACGAGUGCAAGAAGGAGUACCCAAGCGCAUGGAUCCGUAUCAUUGGAUUUGACAACGUCCGUCAAGUCCAAUGUAUCAGUUUCAUCGCAUCUAAGCCUGAUGGAUAUUAAUCAAGAAACAUUACUUUUCUUUUUUUUUUUUUUUUUUUUUUUUUUUUUUGCAUUUACCAUAAGAUGUAUUGCAUUUUUUGAACCAUGUUAUAUCAUUACAUUGAUCUUACAA